AUGGAGAAAGGAGAGAACAUGAUGAAAGGAGAGCGGUAAAAGAGGAAACACGGAGAGGGGGAGGGAGAAAGAGAGGGAGGGAGGUAGGAAGAGAGAGAAAAAAGGUUAUGGGUUGCCAUGCCGACAGUCUUGUAUAAAAAUAAACAGUGUGUUGCUUGCUCUCUGCUAUGCCACCCUCCACCUCUCUGGCAGACCUAUUGUGCAUGUGCGUCUGUGUGCAUGUGCGUGGAUGUGCGUGUAUACGUGUAUGACCGUGUGUGAGUGCGUGUGUGUGCAUGUGCCCGUUCAAGUGCAUGUGCAUGGGCGUGUGUGUGUGUGUGUGUGAGUGAGAGUGAGCAAGACUGAGUGAGUGAAUGGGAGCCCAAUCUGUACACUAUAGGGAAUAUAUUGGGCAAUAGGGUGCCAUUUGGGGCGCAACUUUAGCAUUCACUGGAACUCCAGGAAUUGUCUGACACUCCCCAGACCAUGCAACAGGAAGGUGUGUGUGUGUGUGUGUGUGUGUGUGUGUGUGUGUGUGUGUGUGUGUGUGUGUGUGUGUGUGCGUUUGUGAGUGGGACAAGCCAGCUGUUUAACACAAACACAGACAUAGCAGCAGCCUUUUAAUGUCCGGUUAUGGAUUAACUCUCUCUCUCUCUCUCUCUCUCUCUCUCUCUCUCCUCUCUCUCUCUCUCUCUCUCUCUCUCUCUCUCUCUCUCUCUCUCUCUCUCUCUCUCUCUCUCUCUCUCUCUCUCUCUCAGGGCUCAGAGGCAGUGGAAGAUUGUGUGCAGGGGGCUCUCUCGUCCCUCUACCCCCCCUUUGAGAGCACAGCCCCGCCUCUCCUCUCUCAGGUAAACACACACACACACACACACAGACGUUUACAUGUGUGCUUAUCCAUGUAUAGCUUACAUGUGUGUGUGUUUGACUAUCUGUGCAGGUUUUCUCUGUGUUGGAGUCGACUUAUCAGCAUGACAGUCUGAGGUACCUACUGGACUACUUCAUCCCAGCAAAGCACCUUCUGCACAAACUACAGCAGCAUGCCUGUGUGAGUACACACACGCACACACACACGCGCGCGCACGCACACACACACACACACCACUCCCAACAACGUAACAAUAAACAUACACACACAUGCACACCUAUACAUUGUCGCUCACUUAGUCUCCGUAACUCCCUCUCACACAUACACAAAUAAACAGACCUGAACACAUUCUUUCUUUCACACACACAUUGGGGAACAUUCUCACCAACAUUCCCCCACGUUGUGAUGUUCACACACAAACACACACACACAACACACACACACACACACACACACACACACAAACAAAAACACACAAACACACACACACACACACACACAAAACCACACACUCAAAGUGGUCUCUGUUUUCAUUGUCGCUCAGUGAAGCAACCUGGGACGGGAGUAGGAGCAUGAGUCAUGACAAUCAUUCUUUCCAUAUGUGACUGCUGUGCACUGGAAGAGAGGGAGGAGAAAGAGAGAGAUGGGGGUUGGGUGCAGGCCCAGGGUGUGGGGGAGUGAGGGAGAAAAUAGACAUGGGGCAGUCAUUUCACUGUGGGAAAGUGUGUGUGUGCGGACGUGCAGACGUGCGUGUGUGUUUGAGUCGUAGACUAUAGAGAACUGAUUGAGAAAUGGGGGAGGGAGAGUGUGACAGAACACUGGGGUACAUUGAAGGAGAAAGAGGAGGUGAGUGUGUGUGGGUGAGGGGGUAGAUAGAGAGAUAGAAAUACAUGAGUGAAGGAUUGAUACUCAAAACAGAGGAAUGCAGGAGUUAUGUUAUGUAUGGGGGUUGGGGAGAUGUGGGGGUCUAUAUUAAGAAUAAGAGUUUCCAAUGUCAAUGAACAGAAUACGACAGAAAAGGAGAGAGUAAGAAAAACAGAGUCAGAUGGAGGUAAAGGGAGAGAGAGAAAUAGAGUGAGAGAGAAAGAGAGUGAGAGAGAUGCAGAAAGAGGGGGAAGCAGGGCCAGGAAUAUAAUUUGAUAAUGGUCUCGUGAUUCGGGGGGACAUUGGAUGAAUCGAAGCGGAGGGGGAGGGAGGGCACAUGUCAUUGGCUAAUUGGGGAAUGAGAACAGCCAGGGGAUUAUAACAGAGUUUAUUCCUCACAGCACGACACACGGUUGAAGGGAAGGAAGAGUAGGGAAUAAGGAAGGUAGGUACAGGAUAGAUUUACAUCUGUUGUGGUGCAGUUUAUGGGGCAUUGACACUCUCGUGGGAGGCAGUACUGGUUCAGGUAUUUGUGUUUUCUUUAGGUAUUUCAUAGUAUUUCAUAUGACUUCUUUGGCUCUCUCUCAGAAUCUCUGUGAUGUGACUCCUCUCUGAUUCUCUCAUGCCUGUUUGACUGUGACUCUGUAUUGCUCUGUUCCCGUCUCGGUCUUGAUUGCUGGUCAGUGUGUCUCUAAUUGACACUGUCCACCCUGUUUUAAGUCUCAUUCCAGAUACCCUGACAAUACCUCAAUAUGUUACUGACUCAUUCUCUCUCCUCUCUCUCUCUCUCUCUCUCUCUCUCUCUCUCUCUCUCUCUCUCUCUCUCUCUCUCUCUCUCUCUCUCUCUCUCUCUCUCUCUCUCUCUCUCUCUCUCUCCCAGUCUCAGUAUCUGGGCUGUCUGUUCCUCCACUCCGGUUGGCCCCUCUGCCUCGGAGAGAAGGUUGUGGUCCAGCUCUCUACUCUGGACUGGAGGCUGCUGCGCAGUACCGACUUCUACUUGCAGGUGGUUCCCUUCUCCACACGUUGCCCCCGCCUGGCCCUCAAGUGUUUGGCCCCCGGGGGCCGCAACGUUCAGGAGGUCCUAGUGCCCGAGUCACAGCACCCCCUGGUGUUCACUACAGAGUGGCUGCACAGUGUCAACAAGGAGAGGGGCUACAAGAGAGAAGGUGAGAGAUGCAGGGAGGGAAGGGAGGGAGGAAAGGAGGGAGUGUGGGAAAGGAGAAAGGGGUUGACGUAAGAGAGCGUAUGAGAGAACGAAUAGAUUUAAGUGUAGAAAGAUGAGCAAAAAGAUACGGAGUUGUUUGACAUGAAUUUCUCUGUCUGUCCCUUUCCUCUCUCUCCAUCCCUCCCUCUCCCUCCCUCUCCCCUUUAUCUCACUCCUUUCCCCUAUCUUUCCCCUAUUUCUCCUUCCCUCCUCUCUUACUCUCUUUCCUCCCUCUCUUUCUCAGGAGGUGGAGGGUUAGACACAUGUCUGGUUAGUACUUGUGACGGGGUGGUCCGCCUUCCGUGGGAGGAGGUGGUCUACCCCAAGUUCAUCCACAACCCAUCGGACAACCUGACUACCAUGGCUGACCACCCAACCUCCGUCCCCGACCACACCACCAACCUCACCCCGGUGGUGGGCCUCGGCCUGGGUGGCUGGGGGGGCUCCUCCUCUGGAGAACCAGACUCCUGUUCCUGGGACGAAGAAGACGAUGACCUACCUUUAGAUAGUGUAGAUGCAGAGGCCGCUCUACCCCGCCGACGGUGCAGCGAGGACGGGUUGGGGAGGACGACGAGGCACCACCAAAUAGGUGGUGAUGGGGACUACGUGGAACUCCUGGAGCCCAGGGGGGGUCCGGACGGUGGCGCGGAUCCCAGGCAGAGGUACCUUGAGAUGCAUGGGAUCUGUAAGACCAAGACACUGCCGCUGUGUAGGAGGAGCAAGGCUAUCAAGCUCCGCAGAGGGAAGGCCUGGGGGUACGGGCGACUGGACGCAGCCGGGGGCAGUAGGGGGGUUCUGGCGGGUAAGAGGGACCCCGUGACCCCCCGGGGGGACUGGUUACCCCCCCGCCCCCUGCCUAGAGUCAUCGAUCUAGGCCGGGCGAGGCGGUCUGGGUCGUAUCCCCCCUCGCUUCAGAACUCCGAUGAAGGGGAGCAACAGGGCCUAGGAAAAGACCCAGAAGGCCUAGGAAGCCAGGGGGCUGUAUUUUGAGGGUCCGUCCAAGGAGAGGAGGCCCGGGGUGGGCAGGGAGAGGGACGGCAGUGGGUGUAAUGUUACACAGCCAUGCAGGGACAGCCAUGGUAGCUACAGUUUGGUAGCGACCGAGACAGUCAAUCACAAAGCAGCGCACGUUGUAGAGGGCCAAUCGGAUCAAGGCUCUCACUCUGAAUCUGUGUUUGAGGAUGCUGAUAAGCCACUGAGUGGAGACAGCGACACCAUGCCCACUUCAGACACACGAGGAAGUGGGGAGAAUGCUGCGAGGCCAUUGGUUGAUAUUCCAGGAAAUGGGGAGAACGUGGACAGCCCAUUGGCAGUUGGAUCUGAAACCCAGAAAGGAAGACAUUCCACUAGUGACUCUUGUUUACCAGACGAAACAGCAGACUCGAUAGAACACAGAGAGACGGGACGUUCUCUCUCUCGACCCGGUACUGACGCUGACCCAAAGGGAGCAACAACUUCAGAAGAGAGGGAGGAAGUAAAGACGGAGGAGACAGGAGUGUGUCCUAGAGGAAAGGAAGUAAAGACAGAGGAGACAGGAGUGUGUCCUAGAGGAAAGGAAGUAAAGACAGGAGGAUUCAGGGCACCCAGGUAACUUCAUAACUUCUUAUAAUGAUGUAAUCAGUUCUUAAUUUGUAAAUUGGGAGGUGUCGGAACAAAAAGUGAGCCGAGAGGGGGGUGACCUGGGGGUCUCUGAGGUAAUGUAACACAUAAAAAAAAUAUAUCACCUUUAUAAUAAAGCAAUAAUAAGGCAUUGCAUGCAUUAUCAUCGCUUUUGCGUGCUGGCAUAGAGUAGUAGAGUAGAGGCGCUUGCAGAAGUUGCACACAUGGGAAAAUGUGGCCCUUUAUAAACAAAUUUCAUGCAAUUCUACAUAAUUUUAGAUUACUGGCGACAUUAGCAGAAUAUUUUUUAAUACCUCACAUAUGAUCAAAAUGACAGGCUACUUUGACACUGACAAACUGAGAAUCUGAGAUCAAUAAAAACGAACUUGUCUUCAAUACAUCAAAGUCUAGGCCUCGGUGUGUGGAGACACACAUAUUGUACAAUAUGAGGAGGAAAUUAUAGUCCUAAAAAAGCUUUCCAGUUUCACUGACUCACCCACUGAUACGCAGCUCACUCACCUGCGUGUUUUACUUUGUAAAACAAUGCUGUUCGCUCAAUAGGUCUAUUGGAAAUUAAUAACAUAUUUGGUAGCCUGCAGACCAGUGGCCAUCAGUGCCAUUUAAGAUGAGGGAGGAUGUUAUUUUUUUAUGUGCAUGGCCUUAUUUCUAUUACAGCAUAUUGGAUGACUAUCAUUCAUAUUCCAUUCACCCAGCUCAAUGUAACAUCGAUAGGUUUAGCCUACUACAUACCCUAUACCCAUCAUGAGGUUGCUACAACCUAGCUUACGAAUGAAAGUUUACAACAUAGGUGCACAGGUCGAAAGAAAAAUGUGAGUAAUCAAGGUGACAGACAGUGACACAUUCAAUACUGCCUUGCACACUCUUGCCUGCAUCUAGCUGAUCUAGGGUGUAAUCAUUAGUGCAACAGUUGCAAACGAGAGUUUCUAUUGGGCAAAUUCAGGUAUGUUUAUCCCGGGAAUGAAUACACCCCUGAUCACACGCAAACACAGUUCACUUUCAUAGCAGCCACAUACAAACAGCAUGCUCACUUUGCUCGUUGUAUAAUUCCUUCUCGCAUCUACGUGCUCUCGUCCUUUCACCUUUUCCCUUCCCUUGUGGACUUCAGUGCACAAUACAACAGCUGUCUGUGACCAGGCGAAAAAACUUUCCAAGCCAAACCUUCAUAUCAUAACCGCUAACUGCUACACACAGCCUACAUCGUUGUCACCAUAUUAGCUAACGUCAUAGUCAACAUAGCUUCUAAAACUAAUGCGUUAGUACCCGCUACAAUCAUGCAUUACAGUAUACAGCAAGCAGUUACACCGGUGGGCCCCAGUGGCAGUAAAUUAAUAAAACAAAAAGCUUACCUUGACAUGGAAGAGUUCCAGUGUUGGAUAGCCAUAGCUAGCUAACAUAGCAUCACUCUCUGUUUGAGCUGGGUGUUUGAGUAGGCUAAACUAGCUAGCGGCAUUUUCUAGCUAAGUAAGCGAAGGGUAAAAAAAUCCAACGAAUAUAUAGAUACUAAGCGAUCUAAUACUCUAGAGAGAGCAAGAGAAUCCCGAGCAGCUCUCGAGGCGAGCUAUACUACUCGAGCAUCUAUCAGCGAAGCUCUCCAUCUUAUCACUCUCUCUAUUCUCUCUCUCUCUCUAUCUCUCUCUCUCGCUCUCUCUCUCUCUCUCUCUAUAUCUCUUGCUUCUCCUUCAUUUUUGAAGAAAUUAAGUUGUUCAAAACUUUUGUAUUUUUGUAUUUUUGUAUUUUUUUUAUUUCACCUUUAUUUAACCAGGUAAGCCAGUUGAGAAGUUCUCAUUUACAACUGCGACCUGGCCAAGAUAAAGCAAAGCAGUACAAUAAAAACAACAACAACACAGAGUUACAUAUGGAAUAAACAAAAACGUACAGUCAAUAACACAAUAGAAAAUAAAAAAUAUAUAUACAGUGUGUGCAAAUGUAGUAAGUUAUGGAGGUAAGGCAAUAAAUAGGCCAUAGUGCAAAAUAAUUACAAUUUAAUAUUAACACUGGAGUGAUAGAUGUGCAGAAGAUGAUGUGCAAAUAGAGAUGCUGGGGUGCAAAUGAGCAAAAUAAAUAACAAUGUAUAUAACAAUAUGGGGAUGAGGUAGUUGGGUGGGCUAAUUACAGAUGGGCUGUGUACAGGUACAGUGAUCGGUAAGCUGCUCUGACAACUGAUGCUUAAAGUUAAUGAGGGAGAUAAGUGUCUCCAGCUUCAGAGAUUUUUGUAGUUCGUUCCAGUCAUUUGCAGCAGAGAACUGGAAGGAAUGGCGGCCAAAGGAGGUGUUGGCUUUGGGGAUGACCAGUGAGAUAUACCUGCUGGAGCGCAUACUACGGGUGGGUGUUGCUAUGGUGACCAAUGAGCUAAGAUAAGGCGGGGAUUUAACUAGAAGUGAUUUAUAGAUGACCUGGAGCCAGUGGGUUUGGCAACGAAUAUGUAGUGAGGUCCAGCCAACGAGAGCGUACAGGUCACAAUGGUGGGUAGUAUAUGGGGCUUUGGUGACAAAACGGAUGGCACUGUGAUAGACUACAUCCAAUUUGCUGAGUUGAGUGUUGGAAGCUAUUUUGUAAAUGACAUCGCCGAAGUCAAGGAUCGGUAGGAUAGUCAGUUUUACGAGGGCAUAUUUAGCAGCAUGAGUGAAGGAGGCUUUGUUGCGAAACAGGAAACCGAUUCUAGAUUUAACUUUGGAUUGGAGAUGCUUAAUGUGAGUCUGGAAGGAGAGUUUAUGGUCUAACCAGGCACCUAGGUAUUUGUACUUGUCCACAUAUUCUAAGUCAGACCCGCCGAGAGUAGUGAUUCUAGUCGGGCAGGCGGGUGCAAGCAGCAUUCGAUUGAAGAGCAUGCAUUUAGUUUUACUAGCGUUUAAGAGCAGUUGGAGGCCACGGAAGGAGUGUUGUAUGGCAUUGAAGCUCGUUUGGAGGUUUGUUAACACAGUGUCCAAUGAAGGGCCAGAUGUAUACAAAAUGGUGUCGUCUGCGUAGAGGUGGAUCUGAGAGUCACCAGCAGCAAGAGCGACAUCAUUGAUAUACAAAGAGAAUAGAGUCGGCCCGAGAAUUGAACCCUGUGGCACCCCCAUAGAGACUGCCAGAGGUCCAGACAACAGGCCCUCUGAUUUGACACAUUGAACUCUAUCUGAAAAGUAGUUGGUGAACCAGGCGAGGCAGUCAGUUGAGAAACCAAGGCUAUUUAGUCUGCCAAUAAGAAUGCGGUGAUUGACAGAGUCAAAAGCCUUGGCCAGGUCGAUGAAGACGGCUGCACAGUACUGUCUUUUAUCAAUCGCGGUUAUUAUAUAGUUUAGGACCUUGAGCGUGGCUGAGGUGCACCCAUGACCAGCUCGGAAACCAGAUUGCAUAGCGGAGAAGGUACGGUGGGAUUCGAAGUGAUCGGUGAUCUGUUUGUUAACUUGGCGAAAGGCAGGGUAGGAUGGAUAUAGGUCUGUAACAGUUUGGAUCUAGAGUGUCACCCCCUUUGAAGAGGGGGAUGACCGCGGCAGCUUUCCAAUCUCUGGGGAUCUCAGACGAUACGAAAGAGAGGUUGAACAGGCUAGUAAUAGGGAUUGCGACAAUUUCGGCGGCUAAUUUUGCUUAUUGAAAUUCUCGAUUAUCGUAGAUUUAUCGGUGGUGACAGUGUUUCCUAGCCUCAGUGCAGUGGGUAGCUGGAAGGAGGUGCUUUUAUUCUCCAUGGACUUUACAGUGUCCCAACAUUUUUGGAGUUAGUGCUACAGGAUGCAAAUUUCUGUUUGAAAAAGCUAGCCUUUGCUUUCCUAACUGAUUGUGUAUAUUGGUUCCUGAGUUCCCUGAAAUGUUGCAUAUCGCGGGGGCUGUUCGAUGCUAAUGCAGUACGCCCCAGGAUGUUUUUGUGCUGGUCUAGGGCAGUCAAGUCUGAGGUGAACCAGGGGCUAUAUCUGUUCUUAGUUCUGAAUUUUUUGAAUGGGGCAUGCUUAUUUAAGAUGGAGAGGAAAGCACUUUUGAAGAACAUCCAGGCAUCCUCUACUGACGGAAUGAGGUCAAUAUCCAUCCAGGAUACCCGGGCCAGGUCAAUUAGAAAGGCCUGCUCGCUGAAGUGUUUUUGGGAGCGUUUGACAGUGAUGAGGGGUGGUCGUUUGACCGCGGACCCAUUACGGACGCAGGCAAUGAGGCAGUGAUCGCUGAGAUCCUGGUUGAAGACAGCGGAGGUGUAUUUAGAGGGUAAAGGAUGAUAUCUAUGAGGGUGCCCAUGUUUACGGAUUUAGGGUUGUACCUGGUAGGUUCCUUGAUAAUUUGUGUGAGAUUGAGGGCAUCUAGUUUAGAUUGUAGGACGGCCGGAAUGUUAAGCAUAUCCCAUUUUAGGUCACCAAGCAGUACGAACUCUGAGGAUAGAUGGGGGGCAAGCAAUUCACAUAUGGUGUCCAGGGCACAACUGGGGGCUGAGGGGGGUCUGUAGCAAGCGGCAACAGUGAGAGACUUAUUUCUGGAAAGGUGGAUUUUUAGAAGUAGAAGCUCAAACUGUUUGGGCACAGACCUGGAUAGUAUGAUAGAGCUCUGCAGGCUAUCUCUACAGUAGAUUGCAACUCCGCCCCCUUUGGCAGUUCUAUCUAGAUGGAAAAUGUUGUAGUUCGGGAUGGACAUUUCUGAAUUUUUGGUGGCCUUUCUAAGCCAGGAUUCAGACACUGCUAGAACAUCAGGGUUGGCAGAGUGUGCUAACGCAGUGAAUAACUCCAACUUGGGGAGGAGGCUUCUGAUGUUAACAUGCAAGAAACCAAGGCUUUUAUGGUUACAGAAGUCAACAAAUGAUAGCGCCUGGGGAGUAGAAGUGAUACUGGGGGCUACAGGGCCUGGGUUAACCUCUACAUCACCAGAGGAACAGAGGAGGAAUAUAAUAAGGAUACGGCUAAAGGCUUUAAGAACUGGUCUUCUAGUGCAUUGGGUACAGAGAAUAAACGGGGCAGAUUUCCGGGCGUUGUAGAAUAGAUUCAGGGCAUUAUGUACAGACAAGGAUAUGGAAGGAUAUGAGUACAGUGGAGGUACACCUAAGCAUUGGGUAACGAUGAAAGAAAUAGCAUCACUGGAGGUACUGAUUGAGCCGGUCUCCGCGUGUAUGGGGGGUGGGACAAAGAAGCUAUCUGAGGCAGGUUGAGCAGGACUGCGGGCUUUACAGUGAAAUAGUACAAUAACAGUUGACUCUCUUUGAGUCAACUACUCACCACAUUUUAUGCAAUGAGGUGCUAGCUGUAGCUUGUGCUUUCAGUACAAUAUUUAUUCUCUGAUCCUUUGAUUGGGUGGACAACAUAUCAGUUCAUGCUGCAAGAGCUGUGAUAGGUUGGAGGACAUCCUCUGGAAGUUGUCAUAAGUACUGUGUAAGUCUAUGGAAGGGGAUGAGAAUCAUGAGCCUCCUAGGAAUUUGUAUUGAAGUCAAUGUACCCAGAGGACGAUGGAAACUAGCUGUCCUCCAGCUACACCAUGGUGCUACCCCAGACAGUGCUGUUGAGGCUACUGUAGACCUUCAUUGCAAAACAGUGUGUUUUAAUCAAUUAUUUGGUGAUGUGAAUAUAUUUAGUAUAGUUUUAUCUAAAAAAGAUCACCAUUUAUCACCAUUUUUAUUUUUUAUGAAAUUCACUGAGGAGGAUGGUCCUCCCCUUCCUCUUCUGAGUAGCCUACACUUCUACAGACAGAUUAGUCUUCUCUUUUCAGCAAAAUCCAUUUGCUUUCCAACCUGGGUUUCCCGCGAUUGUAUUUGAAAAAUAGCGAAAGGCCUGUUUUGGCUGCAUGCUGUUCACUGACAGAUUUGCCAUGUGUUCCUGACUGUAGGCAUGCCUUGUGAUUGGACUACACACAAUCCACAGCUAGGCUAUUAAAACAUAAAUAAGCUAUUGAUCCUCUGUGGCUAAAUUAUAGGCCUACUCCUGGUAUAGUAUUCUGAAUUAUUUAAUUUCAUUCUGAACAGACAGCAGUCAUUCUAUAACUUUGGCACCUCCAGCAUCCUUCCCGCGGCUAUGAUUCUGUAAGGAAAUAAAUCAUGAAGUUUUUUAGGGAGCAGGAGAAUUACAGAGAAGGCAACUUGAAUUAACUCUGAUUGAUUUUAUUAGAAUUUGCAAAUACAGAUUUUUAUUUUCAUGCCACAAGCGGUACCGCAUCCUGGCCAAUGGAUUCCGGAAUGAAGCAGUCCAAAAUUGAGAGGUGCCGGAUCCUGUUCCGGCAGGAUCCGGCUCAAAUUAAGAACUGGAUGUAAUACCGUUUUGUGUGCAGGUACGAUUCCUUCACAUACAGAUAUAGUACACUUACGGUCUAUUACAGGUGAUUUUUGUUGUUGGACAUAAAAGACUGUAAAAUCACCAGGAAAUCAGCUCAAAGUUAUUUUAAUUUAGGAAAUCUGUUCUCAAGUAUUCCCUCGCAUAAAUAGAGAGACAUAUGUGAUCAUAUCCCAAUAUAAUCAAGUUUUGAAAUGAUUCUGUUUUUAUCAAAUACUACAGUGCAUUCGGAAAGUAUUCAGACCCCUUCCCUUUUUUCACAUUUUGUUACGUUACAGUCUUAUUCUAAAAUUAAUUAAGUAAAAAUUAUUCCUCAUCAAUCUACACACAAUACCCAAUAAUGACAAAGCGAAAACAGGUUUUUAUACAUUUUUGCAAAUGUAUUAAAAAUAAAAUACAGAAAUACCUUAUUUACAUAAGUAUUCAGACCAUUUGCUAUGAGACUCGAAAUAGAGCUCAGGUGCAUCCUGUUUUCAUUGAUCAUCCGUGAGAUGUUUCUACAACUUGAUUGGAGUCCACCUGUGGUAAAUUCAAUUGAUUGGACAUGAUUUGGAAAGGCACAGUCAGAGCAAAAACCAAGCUCAGAGACAAGAUUGUAUUAAGGCACAGAUCUGGGGAAGGGUACCAAAACAUUUCUGCAGCAUUGAAGGUCCCCAAGAACACUGUGGCCUCCAUCAUUCUUUAAAUGGAAGAAGUUUGGAACCACCAAGACUCUUCCUAGAGCUGGCCUCUGGCCAAACUGAGCAAUCGGGGAGAAGAGCCUUGGUCAGGGAGGUGACCUAGAACCCGAUGAUCACUCUUACAGAGCUCCAGAGUUCCUCUGUGGAGAUGAGAGAACCUUCCAGAAGGACAACCAUCUCUGCAGCACUCCACCAAUCAGGCCUUUAUGGUAGAGUGGCCAGACGGAAGACACUCCUCAGUAAAAGGAACGCCCGCUUGGAGUUUGCCAAAAGGCACCUAAAGGACUCUCAGACCAUGAGAAACAAGAUUCUCUGGUCUGAUGAAACAAAGAUUGAACUCUUUGGCCUGAAUGCCAAGCGUCACGUUUGGAGGAAACCUGGCACCAUCCCUACGGUGAAGCAUGGUGGUGGCAGCAUCAUGCUGUGGGGCUGUUUUUCAGCGGCAGGGACUGGGAGACAAGUCAGGAUCAAGGGAAAGAUGAACGGAGCAAAGGACAGAGAGAUUCUUGAUGAAAACCUGCUCCAGAGCACUCAGGACGUCAGACUAGGGUGAAUGUUCACCUUCCAACAGGACAACGACCCUAAGCACACAGCCAAGACAACGCAGGAGUGGCUUCGGGACAAGUCUCUGAAUGUCCUUGAGUGGCCCAGCCAGAGCCCGGACUUGAACCUGAUCGAACAUCUCUGGAGAGACCUGAAAAUAGCUGUGGAGCGACGCGCGCCAUCCAACCUGACAGAGCUUGAGAGGAUCUGCAGAGAAGAAUGGGAGAAACUCCCCAAAUACAGAUGUGCCAAGCUUGUAGCAUCAUACCCAAGAAGACUCGAGGCUGUAAUCACUGACAAAGGUGCUUCAACAAAGUACUGAGUAAAGGGUCAGAAUACUUGUGUAAAUGUGAUAUUUAAGUUUUUUAUUUUUUAUAAAUUUGCAAAACUUUCUAAUCAAUUUUAGAAUAAGGCUGUAACAUAAUAUUUUUGGGAAAAAGUAAAGGUGUCUGAAUACUUUUCGAAUGUACUGAAUAUCUGUUUGGGCUUCUUGCCGUCAUUUAGUAGUGUACAAAUAAUUUAGAAUUAUAUUCCGGCCCCCCGACCAUCCGCUCAAGAAAGAAUCGACCCGCGUCUGAAUGUAGUUGGGGAUCCGUGAUCUAUUAGAUUCACAUUCAAAGCCCUAUCAUAUACAGUAGGCUCAAAUUCCCCAUAGGUAAGAAGACUAUACCGAUUGAUUCAUAGUAACUAUCCAAUAAGUUACAGAUGUAAGAUCUUAGUUUGAGCCAGUUUGCUACAGCAGGAAAAAAAAUCCUGCAACAACAGGAAAUGUGAAUUAUUUUUAAACCUCAAAUAUACUACAAGUUUUACAUUGCAAGUCAGUUCUCCAGCAACAGGGUGAUCAAAUUAAGAUCCUACAUCUGUAGGAUUCAACCAUAACAACUAAUGUCACACUCAGUAUUACAUCACUGUAUGACAUCACUGUAUCUUCUCUCUCAGGAGGAAGAGGAAAGGGAGAGGUGGAAAGGGGAAGGCUAAAUGUGGUGGUCGUGGCAACCAGAAGACUCGAGACCAGGCCAGUUCCAAACCACCAAGUAAAACACCUCAGCGUGAUCCCGCACUCUCCCCGACAACCAACCUGCCAAUCACUGCAGCCAACCGAUCUGAGGCAGCACAGAAGCCUGAGGGGCCGGAUAAAGAGCUCACACCAGUCAAUGAGGGACAAGAAAAAGCUGAGAUUGAGGAAAGCAAUACAGGUUAGAUUUAAACUUAUUUAGGAAAAGUUGUUAUGUCACGUGGAUAGAAAGUAGAUGGCUAGAAGACAUUAUUCUCAUGCCUAUUCUUGCUUUUACCAACAGAAAACCAGGUUGUCCAAUCAGAAGUCUCACCUGACACAACUAGCCAAUCAGGCACAUCCUUAUCUAACCACUCUACAGAGGAGGUGGGGCCAGAGACAUCUCCUGACCUAUCGAAUGGCCUAUCACCUAAAGCCCCUCCUCUCCUAAGGGAAUUGGACACAGAACUCCUCCAAUCAGGAAAGCUGAUGUUGACAGGUAGGUUGUUUUUUAUAUCCAUCUCAUUUAAUAUCCUUCCGUCCCUUACUUUCCUUUUAUUCUUACUUAUCCACCCUUAACCACUCUUUCUCCACUCAUGCCACUAUACUCCUUUCACCCUCUCUCUCUCUCUCUCUCUCUCUCUCCCUCUGUCUCUCUGUAGGUACGGUGGACAGGCUGGGACGGGCUGUGGUUAUCACUGAAACGCAUCUCCCAGAGGACGGUUGCCGUGCGGACGAGAUGGGCCGUGUCUUGGCCUGUUAUCACAGGAUCACCCGGUAAUACUCUGUCACUAUGUCAAACUGUCCAUAUCACAGUCUAGUCCCCAAAAAAUAUUGUAAAGUGGUUAUCCCACUGGCUAUAGGGUGAAUGCACCAAUUUGUAAGUCGCUCUGGAUAAGAGCGUCUGCUAAAUGACGUAAAUGUAAAUGUAAAUGUAGUCUGGGGGACCCUUUAUAGCGUAACACUGGCAGCUUCCCUAUAUAGUGUAUUUAUUCCUUGUGUUAUUAUCUUUAUGCAUUGUUGGGAAGGGCACGUAAGUAAGCAUUUCACUGUUAGUCUACACCUGUGGUUUACAAAGCAUGUGACAACUACAAAUUGAUUCGAUUUGUUUUGAGCUAGUCUAACAAACUGUGAUACUUUAUAUAGUGGUUUUUAUAGUUGUUUUUGACAGAAACUGAAACAUGUUAUCCCGUCUUCCCCUCUCCCCCUCCCUCUAUCUCUUUUUUCCUCAUUCAGCCCUUCUGCUAAAGAGCGUGGUCUAACAGUAAUAGUAGACAGUAGACAAUCUCCUCCCUCCGCUCUCUGCCUCGCCGCACUGAAACAAUUACAGGUGAGGAAGAGUUAAAUGUUGAAGUGCUAAGAGUGUUUAUACAUGUAUGUGUUUAUAUGUAGACGUGUUUAUGUUGAGAGGGCGUCUCUAAUGUGUGUUUGUACGUCUGUGUGUGCAUGCGUUCCAGGCUGUGGUCCCGGGAGGUCUUGGCUCUGUCCUCAUUCUGGUGGAGGAGCAGCAGCAGGAGUCGUCUCCACACACUCUAGAGGGAGUAGAGGUGACUACACACACACACACACACACACACUUCUUCUCUCAUUUAUCUCCAUUUGGCCUCUGCCCAUGUCACUUUAAUAGAAAAUGAUGUCAUAUGUUUUUAUAGAACGGACUAUCCUUCAUCCUCCUCCCUACUCGUCCCUUCAGUGACAAUAUUAUAAUCUUUUUAUUUUACAUCCAUGUGCUUAUCUACACUAAAGAUAACAAUUACAUUUUAGAAAAACAAUGGCAACACUAGCUAUCCUCUCAUGGAAUUUGAAAGGGCUUAAUAUUUCUAUCAAGCGUUUCAGCUGUCUUGAUAUUCUAGCUAGAAACCAUAUUGAUAUAGCAAUGCUCCAAGAAACACACCUGCACCAAAGGUACACACAUAGAAUAGGGAACCAUUUGUACAAACUGGUUGCUUUUUCAUCAACCCAAAACAAAACUAAGGGUGUAAUCAUAAUGAUGAAUAAGAAACUCGAAAUCAACUUCCUUGGUAAAGGCAAGACCAAGAAGGCAGAAUCACUUUCCUUAAAUGUAUCCAUAAUGGAAAGAAAAUUGCCUUUAAUGUGUAUGUUCCAGAUUCAUAUGAUCCUACAUUUUUUGAUUCUCUGAACAGCAUAUUGAUCGAAUUAACUGAAUUCCAACUCGUUAUUGGGACAGACAUGAAUGCCAUUCUGGACAUGCAGAACAAAUCUAAUAAGACCAACUACAAUCCACAGGCAACCAAGGCUCUACAACAUACAGUAUACUCUCUGAUUACAACCUCAUUAAUGCCUGGCGAGCUCAUAACCCUAAAGCAAAAGAGUGCACUUUCUAUUCAAACAGGAGCAAAACAUUCUCCCAAAUCGAUGUUGGACUAUUAUUUACUCCUCUAUGUUCUUUAAUCAAGAAAAUAGAAAUACGACAUAUGAGGCUAUCUGAUCAUUUUGCUUAUUACUGCCAGAUACACAUGUCAGAAUCUCCUACAAGAGACACAAGAUGGUGCUUUAAUGUUUGCUUACUACAAAAUCCUACUGUCUGUGAACAAUUUUAAACUGAAUUGAAUUAAUUCAUAAUGAUUAACAAAUAUUCAGUCGAUGAUCCUCCGAUUCUAUGGGAUGCCAUUAAAGGUUUUAUUAAAAACAAUGCAACUGCAUUUGUAUCUGGACAGAAUAAAUCACAAUUAAAGAAUAUAUCAGAGUUGGAAAAGCUGUUAACGAGAGGGUUCACAAAAAACAAUUUUUUCAGAAUAGGGUAGUGACUACUCUCUUCAAAGUUAAGACUGAACUAAAUCUAUUGAUAAGACAGAGAGCAGAGUUUGCCAUCCAUUGAGUUAGACUCAACCAUUACUUCCAUGGUAAUCGACCCAGUCACCUACUGGCUAAUAAGCUUCACAGUAAUGAUCAAUUAGCGGCUAUUGCAACUAUUGAAUCUGAGUCCGAUUAAUUACCAUCAGAACCCAAAUUAAUCAACCAUUGAUUCUAUCGUUUCUAUAAAGAAUUGUACACCUAUGAUUGUAAAUCCACAUAAGCCAGUUUGAGUCCUUUUUAAAGGAUAUAAGAACUCUUCUCUCAACUGAGGAAGCAGGCUUGCUGGAAGCCCAAAUCUCUCUCCAUGAACUCAAAAGGGCAUUGGAUAACAUAAAUAAAGGCAAAUCACCUGGUUGUGACGGUAUCCCUCCUGAGAUCUAUUACAUGUUUUGUUACCAAUUAGAUCCACUGUUACUUGAAAUGAUUAACACAGCUGUUCACAAAGGUUCAUUUGUAAAUACGGCACUAAUUUCUCUUUUAUAAAAAAAGGUAAGGACGUCACCCAGUGCUCUCACUACCGCCCUCUAUCUUUGAUAAACACAGAUAUUAAACUGUUUUCAAAAAUUCUGUUGUCCCAUCUUACUUACCCAAAUUGGUACAUCUGGACCAAAGCAGGUUUGUUAAAAAAAUAUUAUUCUCAGAUAACCUCCGUCGUUUAUUACAUAUCUUACAUGCUUUAUCAGAGACCAAAGCCGGGAAGUUCUAUCUCUCGACACAGAAAAAGCUUUUGAUAGACUAGAAUGGUCAUGUCUUUGGUCGGUUUUGGAACAUAUGGGACUUGGCUCAUUAAUAUGAUUAAAAUACUAUAUGCCAAACCCUUGGCCAUGGUAAUAACAGGAAAUACCUGCUCUGUUCUGUUCGGAAUAACUAGAAGUAGCAGGCACGGUGAUCCCAUCUCACCUCUGCUAAUUUUUAUUGUCUAUGGAACCCCUGGCCCAGGCAAUUCGACAAUCGAAAGAAAUUACACCAAUAUCUAUCAAUUCUACAGAUCAUGUCAUCUCAUUAUACACUGAUGAUAUCUUACUUUAUCUAGACAAUGUAUCUCAAUCCUCCCCAAAAGCUUUGAAGGUCAUAGACAAAUUCAGCUCCAUCUCAAGUUAGAAAAUAAAUCUAACCAAACCUGCCCUAAUGCUUCUCAAGACCCCGAUGGAGGACUCCAUCUCUACGUAUAGAAUCUCAAUCGUUUCCCAUUUUAAAUAUUUGGGAAUUGAUAUAUUUCCAUCCUUCCCUUGUCUCCCCCUUCUGGCUAUUGGGAUAAAAUCCAUAGUGCAGUUUCAAAAUGUAUACUGAACAAAAAUAUAAAUGCAACAUGUAAAGUGUUGGUCCCAUGUUUCAUGAGCUGAAAUAAAAGAUCCCAGAAAUGUUCCAUAUGCACAAAAAGCUUAUUUCUCUUAAAUUGUGUACACAAAUGUGUUUACAUCCCUGCUGAUUAUUAAACAGCAUGAUCAUUACACAGGUGCACACUCUAAAAUGUGCAGUUUUGUCACACAACACAAUGCCACAGAUGUCUCAAGUUUUGAGGAAGCAUGAACUUGGCAUGCUGACUGUAGGAAUGUCCACCAGAGCUGUUGGCAGAAAAUGUAAUGUUAAUUUCUCUACCAUAAGCCGCCUCCAACGUCAUUUUAGAGAAUUUGGAAGUACGUCCAACCGGCCUCACAACCACAGACCACGUGUAACCAUACCAGCCCAGGACCUCCACAUUCGUCUUCUUUAACUGCGGGAUUGUCUGAGACCAGCCACCCGGACAGAUGAUGACACUGAGUAGUAUUUCUGUGUAAUAAAGCCCUUUUGUGGGGAAAAACUCAUUCUGAUUGGCUGGGCCUUGCUCCCAAGUGGAUAUGGGGUGGUGGGGACUGACAACCAACCUGUGUUGCUAGGCGGGGUGUGAAGGGGUAGAUGCGGUGGGUUGGACGGAGACAUGUUGGACAGGGGGGAAUGGGAUGGGGAGUUGGAGGUGUAGGCCCACCUAUUUUUGUUUCUCUCUUCUCUACAUACCAAUUUUAUAAUGACAAAAUCUUGUGUGAUCUUUUUCAAACCACUGUGCCAACCCAAACUUAGUUGGCUCAGAUAUAUUUUUUUCACAUUGUCCUUUUCAUCACAGUUCCAGCAACUAUGGUCAAUGCGUAACCAGACCAGCUCAGUACAGCUUGAUUUGGCUUGGCUCCGUUUGGCUCAGUAGUGUGAAAAGCCCUCUAGAUUCUGGCCCUGUAUCACUUCCUUCCCAGAAUCUGAUCUUCUUUUCUCUGUGUCCUGUGUAGGUGCACACGGUGCGAGGGACAGGGGUCCUUCAGCAGUAUAUAGACAGGCAGCAGCUGCCCCUGGAGAUGGACGGAGACUACAAACACUGCCACUCUGACUGGCUGGCCUUCAGACUGGUGAGAGGGGGAAGGAAGGAGAGAGGAUGAGAGGGGGAGGGGACGGAUGGAGGGAGGGAGGGAAAGAGAGGAGAAGAAGAGAGGGGAAGAGGGGAGAGGGAAGGCAGGGAAAGAGAGAGAGAAAAGGAUGUUCCCAGCAUGUGUCAGGCACUCAGAAUGUCAUGUUUAGCACUUAGAAUGCCAAGACUUAUAGUCAUAAAGUGCAACCUAUUCUUUCUCAAAUCAAUUCAGAUUCCACAUGCAGCUAAAUCAAUACGCCGCUAUUGGCAUUUUGAAUAUGAGAUAGACCCAGACUGACUGGACUGAUUUGUCAAUUCACACUUAUCUCAAAUUGAAUAGGCUGUACUUUAUGACUAUAAGUCUUGGCAUUCUAAGUGCUAAACUUGACAUUCUGAGUGCUAGACGCACAAGAUCGCACACACGCACACAUACACUCACGUAUGUUACCCAUGGCAUUUGACUUGAAUUAAAAAGUUAACUCACUAAAAAUGUCAUUUCUUUAAAGGUGCACUAUGCAGAAAUCAACCAUUUCCUGGUUGCUAAAAUUCUAAUAGUUCGCCUAUUUCAGUUUAUGUGACAAAACAAGCAACAGUGUAGAGAGUCAUUGUACCAUCUAAACCAUUGUGAAAUAUAUUUUCCAUAACCCUAAAUAUUGUAUUUUCAGUUGUUUGAAGCUGGUGUACAAAACCGAAAGUAAAAGACGCAAAACUAAACUUAAGAACGGGAAGCAUAGAAAUAGCACACAUAGAACAGAUCUACUGCUUCUUAGACUUGCUUUCAAUGAGAAUGACAGAUUUAUAACUCACAUUUCUAUGUGAUUUUGUCGGGUCGCCCAAAAAGUUACAUAUUGCAACUUUAAAGUUAUGAAAUCAGCAGUAUCAAUGGUCACGUUUUCACCAUCAAGCCCUUCUAUGUCAUGUGCAAUAUCAGCUAAUAUAGGUGUGUCCCAAAUGACACCAUAUUCCCUAUGUAGUGCACUACUAUUGGCCAGAACUCUAUGGGCCCUGGUCAAAAGUAAUGCUGUGGCCCAUAGUAGUGCACUAUGUAGGGAAUAGGGUGCCGUUUAAACUAUUGACUAACUGUACUACGUUACUCCUAUCCUGUUUCUGCUGUUAGAGUGUGGAGAGUCUAACUGAGUGUUGUGAGAGCGCCCUCUCUCUGUUGGAGGAUGCACUGCAGUCUAUGGACACAGCACCACUACCAGACUGUAUCAAGGUAGGAUACAUGCAUUACUGUAUCACCACAUGUAUUUGGUCUAACAUGGUACCACACAAGUCAGUGAGGUGUUAUGGGGAGAAAUACUAGCAGUAAUAAUUGAGAAACUGAAUUGAACUUGAGAACAUUUCAGUAAACUUUAGGAACUUUUAAAAAAGUUGAAGAACUUUUGAGUAAAUGUAACAUACUUUCUGUGUGAACCAUCUGGGUAUACAACACAACACAAGGUUAAUCUCAGUAUAUUUUUUACUAUUUUCCAGAAUGUUCCUCUAAGUAUGGACAAACACAGACAGCUGAUGACGAGCGUCCUAGUCGACCAACGGCUGACUGAGCUGCAGCGGAGGGGCGGGGCCUGGCUGGCAGGGCUGGCCAAUGGCACAUCAGGACUAGCAAAGCGGUCCCCAGACUGCAGGUACCACCAUCUACCGUGUCCCAUCAGUGAUAAUGCAGUUCAAAUAGAUUAUCCUAUCAUAGAUAUAAUGUAUGAGAUAACGGUUCCUAUUGUAAUACUUCUCAAUCUGCUAUCUAUUUCAUUAAAGGGAUACUUCAGGAUUUUUUUUUUUACCUACUUCCCCAGAGUCAGAUGAACUCGUGGAUACCAGUUUUAUGUCUCUGUGUCCAGUAUGAAGGAAGUUAGAGGUAGAUUUGUGAGCCAAUGCUAACUAGUGUUAGCACUAUGACUGGAAGUCUAUGGGUAUCUAUUGUUUUGGGCGAAUCCUAACUUACACAUUUUCACUUAGUCAUGCAUUGAUGUCAAUGGGAGAGUAAGUGAAUUUUCAACUUAAGUGGAAAUUAGUAUUCGCUCUUAUAUGAUCAUAUUCUAUAUGACCUUUGAACUCUGCGCCUUCAGGGCUGCUCUGGCUGCGACCUCUAACCUCUAUGACAGCGUGGAUGAUGCCCUCCACCGCCUCGUCCGCAUGUCCAAUCAGAGGGGCAGUGACCUGGAAGCCCUCGGCCGAUUGGAUGCCAUGGUGGACAAACUGGAAAAGGUAGGAGAGAGAGAGGGAAGCACAGAAAGAACACUAUAGUAGUAUAAUAGUACAGUGUGGAGCAGCAGUUAAAUAGUUCUCUCUUUGAAAAGGUUGUUGAGAGAAAACAGACUGUUGUCUUACAAUUUGAUACUAAUGGUUUUUCAAAUGACUAUUAUUUCAUAGUAAUUUCACCCUCCCUCCCUCCCUCCCUCCCUCCUCUCCCAUCCCUCUCAACCUCUCUCUAUCAGUGUGAGAGGGAGAUAGAGCAGAUCCAGGAUCAGUUGGAAGACUACAGGGAGCCUCCCAUCUCUCUCAGCAGACUCUCCCUCAAACAGCAGAAGUUCAAGACUUUCAGAGAGUCGGCCAAUGUGAGUGUGUGCGUGUGUGUGUCAUGUGUGAGUUUGUGUUAAUGUGUUUCUGUAUAAUAUCUAUGUUGCUCAUCUGUAUAUUUUCUGUGUGUGUGUGAUGUGUGUGUGUGUGCGUGCGUGCGUGUGCAUAGGAGCUGCACACUGUGACCCUGGCGGUCCUUGGAGAUCUGGAGAGCUGGUCUGAGCUGGACUGGGGGGGACUGAGAGAGGUGCAGGUCAGGGUACCACCGGUCAGAGAGAGACUCAGAGACAUGUCUCACUGUCUGUCUGACUGCUGGACAACACUGGACAACACACAGAGACUACUGUCCACACUGACCGAGGUAAACACACAGAGACUACUGUCCACACUGACCGAGGUAAAUAUACGUACCAGUGGAGGCCACUGAUGGGAGAAUGGCUCAUAAUAAUGGUCACAACGGGGAGAAAAUGGAAUGGCAUCAAACACCUGGAAACCAUGUGUUUGAUGUAUUUGAUACCAUUCCACUGAUUCCGCUCCAGUCAUUACCACGAGCCCGUUCUGCCCAAUUAAGGUGCCACCAACCUCCUGUGAUACAUACAGGUCCAGUCAAAAGUUUGGACACACCUACUCAUUCAAGGGUUUUUCUUUAUUUUUACUAUUUUCUACAUUGUAGAAUAAUAGUGAAGACAUCAAAACUAUGAAAUAACACAAAUGGAAUCAUGUAGUAACCAAAAAAUUGUUAAACAAAUCAAAAUAUAUUUUAUAUUUGAGAUUCUUCAAAGUAGCCACCCUUUGCCUUGAUGACAGCUUUGCACACUCUUGACAUUCUCUCAACCAGCUUCAGGAGGAAUGCUUUUCCAACAGUCUUGAAGGAGUUCCUACAUAUGCUGAGCACUUGUUGGCUGCUUUUCCUUCACUCUGCGGUCCAACUCAUCCCAAACCAUCUCAAUUGGGUUGAGGUUGGGUGAUUGUGGAGGCCAGGUCAUCUGAUGCAGCAUUCCAUCACUCUCCUUCUUGGUAAAAUAGCCCUUACACAGCCUGGAGGUGUGUUGGGUCAUUGUCCUGUUGAAAAACAAAUGAUAGUCCCACUAAGCGCAAACCAGAUGGGAUGGCGUAUCGCUGCAGAAUGCUGUGGUAGCCAUGCUGGUUAAGUGUGCCUUGAAUUCUAAAUAAAUCACAGACUCAUCAGACCAAAGGACAGAUUUCCACCGGUCUAAUGUCCAUUGCUAGUGUUUCUUGGCCCAAGCAAGUCUCUUCUUCUUAUUGUUGUCCUUAAGUAGUGGUUUCUUUGCAGCAAUUCGACCAUGAAGGCCUGAUUCAUGCAGUCUCCUCUGAACUGUUGAUGUUGAGAUGUGUCUGUUACUUGAACUCUGAAGCAUUUAUUUGGGCUGCAAUCUGAGGUGCAGUUAACUCUAAUGAACUUAUCCUCUGCAGCAGAGGUAACUCUGGGUCUUCCUUUCCUGCGGCGGUCCUCAUGAGAGCCAGUUUCAUCAUAGCACUUAAUGGUUUUUGCAACUGCAUUUGAAGAAACUUUCAAAGUUCUUGACAUUUUCCAGAUUGACUGACCUUCAUGUCUUAAAGUAAUGAUGGACUAUCGUUUCUCUUUGCUUAUUUGAGCUGUUCUUGCCAUAGUAUGGACUUUUUCUUUCCUUCUUAAUGCAUUUGAGCCACUCUGUUGUGUUGUGACAAGGUAGGGGUGGGUAUACAGAAGAUAGCCCUAUUUGGUAAAAAACCUUCCACAAAUUAACUUUUAACAAGGCACCUGUUAAUUGAAAUGCAUUCCAGGUGACUACCUCAUGAAGCUGGUUGAGAUAAUGCCAAGAGUGUUCAAAGCUGUCAUCAAGGCAAAGGGUGGCUACUUUGAAGAAUCUCAAAUAUAAAAUAUAUUUUGAUUUGUUUAACACUUUUUUGGUUACUACAUGAUUCCAUAUGUGUUAUUUCAUAGUGUUGAUGUCUUCACUAUUAUUCUACAAUGUAGAAAAUAGUAAAAAUAAAGAAAAACCCUGGAAUUAGUAGAUCUGUCCAAACGUUUGACUGGUACUGUACAAACAUACAUUAUACCGUACACACAUACAUGAGACACAUAGACAAAGACACAAGCAUGACACGCUCAGUCACGACACACACGCACUCAUGCACACACACACACAUACUGAAAUGCGCACAAUUCGAACAAGCGUACAGUAACAGCAACACACACAGUUAUGACACUGUCAACUAACCCCUAUUUGUCAUUUACAUCACCCCUCCAGGCCAACCAGUGGUGCGACGUCAUCUCCUCCACCUCACCCUCCCCCUCCACCCCCCUCUCCUCCCUCCCUCCCAUUCCGCCAUCCCGUUUCCAGGACGCCCGUGCCUUAGCCUUGGAGCUGGGUGGUGGAGCUCUCCUGGACCUGUGGUCUCAGACCCUGGAGCGAUACCAACGCACCGUGGCCCAGGUCAGUCAUUCAGUCUAUCUAUCUAUCUAUCUAUCUAUCUAUCUAUCUAUCUAUCUAUCUAUCUAUCUAUCUAUCUAUCUAUCUAUCUAUCUAUCUAUCUAUCUAUCUAUCUAUCUAUCUAUCUAUCUAUCUAUCUAUCUAUCUAUCUAUCUAUCUAUCUAUCUGUCUAUCUAUCUAUCUAUCUACACUCAGAAAAGGUGUAUCUAGAACCUAAAAGGGUUCUUCGGCUGUCCCCAUAGGAGAACCCUUUGAAGAACCCUUGUUGAUUCCAGGUAGAAUCGUUUUGGUUCCAGGUAUAACCGUUUUGGGUUCCAUGUAGAACCCUUUCCACAGAGGGUUCUACAUGGAACCCAAAAUGGUUGUACCUGGAACCAAAACUGAUUUUACCUGGAACUAAAAAGGGUUCUCCUAUGGGGACAGCCGAAGAACCCUUUUGGAACCCUUUUUUCUAAGAGUAUAUCUCGCUACUGUACUUAUAAUAUAUUCACAACACUCUAAGGAGAUUUGUGUCUGUUUAUGUAAAAAAAAGAGCCAUGGUAUGUGAAGAGGAAAUUAAAUGUUUACGAUUUCUGUUCUGUGGAUAUUACGGGUGCACUAUGCAGAAAUGUCUCCGCCAUUUCCUGGUUGUUAAAAUUCUAAUAGUUUGCCUAAUUUCAGUUUAUGUGACAAAACAAGCAAGUAUAGUGUAGAGAAUCAUUGUACCAUCUAAACCGCUGUGAAAUAUAUUUUCCAUAACCAACAAUAUUUUAUUUUCAGCUGUUUGAAGCUGGUGUACAAAACCAAAAGUAAAAGACGCAAAAACUAAACUUAAGAAUGGGAAGCAUAGAAAUAGCACACAUAGAAUAGAUCUACUGCUUCUUAGACUGGCUUUCGAUGAGAAUGACAGAUCAAUAACUCAUAUUUCUAUGUGAAUUUGGUCGGGUCGCCCCAAAGGUUACAUAUUGCAGCUUUAAGCGGUGGUGUUACCAUCUAAGCGUUUGUAAAACACACACAGGCAUGUACACACACGCAGGUCUGGUGUCCCAUGCUAGAGCUCACAUCUGGGCAUUGUGAAUAUCUGAAUCCCUCACACACACACACACCAUGCCAGGGCUCACAUCAGUCACCCUUUUGGAACCAUUUUUUCUAAGAAUCUAUCUAUCUAUCUAUCUAUCUAUCUAUCUAUCUAUCUAUCUGUCUGUCUGUCUGUCUGUCUGUCUGUCUGUCUGUCUGUCUGUCCUGUCUGUCUGUCUAUCUAUCUAUCUAUCUAUCUAUCUACGGUAUCUACAGUAUCUAUCUAUAUCUACCUCUCUCUCUCUAUCUAUCUUUUAACAAUGCCCACCGUUUCUGCUACUGCUCCUCAGGUCAAACCCAGGCUGCUGCAGCAGGCAGAGCGGGGUCAGAACCAGGGCCAGGCCCGGCCCAAGACCCCCUCCACCUCCAGUCUGUGGGACCUGAUGGGGCCCGAGGGAGAGGGAGACUGGGGUGUGGGGGCCGGGGGAGGGGAAGGAGGCCUCCAGUCCUGGGGGUCCCUGGCUUCACUGUUUCGCCCACAGACCUGCUCCACCCUGAAGAUAGGAGAGGAGAAAGGGAAUAAGAAGGGGGGAACAGGAGGAGGAGGUGGAGGAGGAGGUGGAGGAGGAGCGGGAGGAGGAGCGGGAGGAGGAGCGGGAGGAGGGAAGUUUCUGCAGAAUCUGCUGCAUCCGGCGAAGAAGAGUGUAAGUGUUUGUGUGUGUUUGUGUGGUGAGGGAUGGCUGUAAAAACUGCCUGUAUUUAUGUGUGUGUUUUAGAUUAUAAUGGAUUGCAUAACAUCUCCAGUGUGUUAGCCAUCACCUGCUGGGUGUUGACGAACAGUGGCGAUUCAGCAUGUAGAAUCAUCGGGAAACAGAAAAUGACGGCCGAUAUUCUGGUCAGAGGUCACCCGCUGCUGUUCGUCUUCACGGUGUGUCUCUUUUACAUUGUAGGAUCAUAGAUACAUCACCUCACUCUCCCUCUCCUCUCCCUCUCUCUCUCUCUCUCUCUCUCUCUCUCUCUCUCUCUCUCUCUCUCUCUCUCUCUCUCUCUCUCUCUCUCUCUCUCCCUCUCCUCUCUUCCCCCAGCCCACAGAAGCCUCUUUGCCCCCCAAGCCCCCCAGGAAGCGUCACCCCAGCUUCGACCUCCAGGCCCUGCUGGCCCCCCGUCGGGGCCCUGCCACCCCCAGGCCCAUAGAGCCUCCUGUGGGUGCAGCCAGCCGUAACUCCCCCCUCUCCUGGCUGGGCCGCCGGGCCCUCGCAGACCCUGUUAUCACCGCUGGGAUGGCAGCCGCUGUCCCUGGAUGGAGAGAGGGAGGAGGAGGGAUUGGGGGAGGAGGAGGAGGAGGAGGAGGAGGAGGAGGAGGGGUGCAGGGGGGAUCAGGGGUGCUCAUCAGAGGGGUAGAGGUGAGCAGCAAGGAGGUGGUGGACUACACCGGGACGCCAAGACAACACGUGCUGCUGAGCCGAGCGGAGAGGGAGACGGGAGGGGAGAGGCAGGGCACCACCACCGCACAGAGGUAUGGUGUGUGUGUGUGUGUGUGUGUGUGUGAGAGAGAGAGAGAGAGAGAGAGAGAGAGAGAGAGAGAGAGAGAGAGAGAGAGAGAGAUAGAGAGAGAGAAAUGCAGCCAUCGGCACUAAUUAUAAUGUACAGGCUAACUUGACAUGAAAGUGAAAAGAUGUCUGUGUUUGGCUCUUUUAAGUCAAUUUACACAUAAUUUAGCAAGUCAAUAUUUGGUCACAGAUAAAUGUCCCAUUAAUGACUUAUUUUUUUUCUCCCUCCCUCCUUCCCCUCCCCCACACUCUCUGUCCCCUCUCCCUCUCCUCCCUCUCUCCUUAUAGUAAACUGUACCUAUUGUGGUGCAGGAUGUUGAGUUCAGAGAGGCAGUACGUGGCCGUAUUAAAGGGGGUGGAGGAGACCUGCCUGCCCCUCCUGGAGGCUCCAGACACCCCCUCCUCCCUCAGGGGGAAAGCAGACCUCCUGUUCCCCAAAUGGGCCAGCCUCAGCUCCUUCCAUUCGCAGUACCUCCUCCCAGCCAUGGAGGGAGCUCUACUGCAGAGUCUGCUGCAACAGGACCUCUUCAGUAAAUACGUGAGUGGGGUGAUCAUAGAGUUGGAGAGAGGGCUGUUUUAGCAUGGGCAGCGCCAUCGAGGGUACUGUAUAAGUAGACAAAAAAUAAGAAAUUAAUUACUUUACUCUCUCUCCCUCUCGCACCCUAUCCCCCCCCCACCCCUCCCUCUCUUGCUUUUUCCCUCUCUCUCUCGCCAUACCAAACCCCUCUCUCACACACAAAUAGAGAGAGGAGUUUCUCCAGUACUCUCACUACAUCAGGACUAAACCAGAAGUGGACUCCCUGUUGGUCACUCAAGCUGCAGACUUCUUCAAGGUAAGAGACUGUCGUAUACCAAAACAAUUACAUUAAAACAGCAUCAGUGGAGGCUGGUGAGGGGAGGACAUCUCAUAGUAGACUGGGAUGGAAUGAGUGAAAUGUUUGAUGUGUUUGAUACUGUUCCAUUCCUACCACCAGCCACCACGGAACUGCAUCAUAUUCACUAGCUAAAGCCCAUUACAACAACAGUAUUAUAAAACAAAGCCAGAUUUGGGCUGUUUCAUAUAGUAUGGGCAAUUAAAACAGCAUUGUAUACACUGAAGCCAAUUAUAAUUGUAAUGUAUGCUCAAAUAACUCAUUAGUGUUGGAUUACACUAAAACCAAUCAACAGUCUUUCAGUAUACAACAAUAAACACAGUCUGAUACACACAUAGGGCAUAAUCUUAUCACAGCUUUAGACUGAGAAAACAUGAAAAGAAGAACAUCACAUAGAUGGUUUUAGUAGAGAUCUGAGGGUUGAAUAUUUACUGUAGUGUAGAGCUGUGUCAAAUGCUGGAGGUGCAGUAUUUAAAACGGCCACAGGGUGACAGUAAAAUAUACAUUAUUUCAAAGUACUGUGUAGCUCAAUUGGUAGAGCAUGGCGCUUGUAACGCCAGGGUAGUGGGUUCGAUCCCCGGGACCACCCAUACGUAAAACAUGUAUGCGCACAUGACUGUAAGUCGCUUUGGAUAAAAGCGUCUGCUAAAUGGCAUAUUAUUAUUAUUAUUAUAAUGAAAAUGAUUAAGAUAAUAACGAUGAUGAUGAUGAUGAUGAUGAUGAUGAUGAUGAUGAUGACCAUACUGUAGAUGGCAAUGAUGCUGAAGUCCUCUCCUCUCUCUCUCUCCCUCCUCCCCUCACCUCCUGUUCCCUAACCAGCUCAGACUCCCUUCCAGCCCUCCUCUCUCCCCCCUGUCGUUCCCCCACUGUCUCCAGGCCCCUACACAGAGACUGGAACAGUACUGCGAUGCCUUGGAAGAGCUGGGAGGGCUAAACCCUGCCUCCGACUCCUCCCUCUCCGUCCUCAGACACGUCCAGCGUCAUGGCGAGGACCUCCGGGCCAGCGACCUCAUCGUCGGGUGUCCGGUGAGAACGCCAGACUUAAAACUACAUUCUCAGCUCUGGGCGGAAGCCAAUUUAGAAUAGAUAAAUCCUCACACUGGUAUAAUGCUCCCAAAGUGUUGGACAAGGUUUCAACCUUAAAUUGGGUUUGCGUCCCAAAUGGCACCCUCUUGACCAGAGCCCAUAGUGCACUUCUUUUAAGAAGGGCCCAUAGGGCUCUGGUCAACAGUAGUGCACUGUGAAGGGAAUAUAAUGCGAUUUGGGACUUCUUCAGGACAAACAGUUCAAUAAGUACACCUGCAUACAUUCGCUUGAAGAACAACAUUUGUCCAUAACCACAGAUCUAGAAUCAGCUUUCCCUACCUCAGAUCUAACCACAGCCAUUUGGGGGGUUAAGCCAAAACUGACCGUAGAUCAGCACCUAGAGGCAACUUGUUUCAUCCUACUCCUGUUUUAGAAGCCCAUAUCUGCUUCAUGUCCUGUAGUUCUGUUGCUACUGUGACACAGUUCUAUCAAUCAUCAUGGUGACACACACACACACAUACUCAUACGCACAUACUCAUACACGACACACACAUACAUGCACGCACACAUACACACAGUGAGCGAGAGAGAGAGAAACACAUGCGCACGCAAACACACACACAUACACAAACACACACUCACUGUCAGUCUGACUGAUGACAUAAUGCUUUGCUGAGUCACCUACAGAGUGGGUAACAUAGCUAGGCUAAACCCUCCCACUUAGCUAGUAGAACACACCCACAAAAACACAUGAAGGCACGCUGACACACAAACACAUGCGUACACACACACAAAGCUCUCUGAAAGUUAGCUAAAUGACAGAACAGAGAGCGGUGGAGGAGUUAGGUUUGACGCAUAGCUCCGGUUACAUGAACCUCACAUCACCGGAUUGUUAAAAAUAGCUCGUUUCAAAAGCUGCUCUUGAACAACAUGAAGUGGUUUGGUGGGUGGUAAACUGUGUGUGUGUGUGUGUGUGUGUGUGUGUGUGUGUGUGUGUGUGUGUGUGUGUGUGUUAGGUCCCAGUGGCGGAGCGUGGAGAGCUGGUGCGUCAAGGGGAGCUGUUGGUGUGUGGGGGGACCAGGAGGAAGAAAACAGGGGUGAGGAGUGUGUUCCUCUAUCAACACCUCAUCAUCUUCACCAAACAGAAGAGCCCCAGUCCAGGACGCACCGCCUACAGCUUCAAACACAGCAUCAAGGUAACAGACCCAGACAUAGGAAGGUAGUAUGCAAACACAUGCACACACAUACACAAGUACACACGCAGACGCACAUACAUACACAUACACCAACACGGGCAACCACGCAUACACACACGCACGCCCGGAAACACACACAUAUGGCCUCAUUCAAACAAAACAGAAAAAUUGGACACAAAAUCCAUAACUUCCAAAACAGCAAUGAAAUGAGACAAAGAUGCUAUACCAUAUGAAUCCACUCUGUGUGCUUUUAUUCUCCCUCCCCCCUCCCUCCCUCCCUCCCGCUCUGUCAGACGGGUGAGAUGGGUCUGACCCAGAGUGUGGGUGAGGAGGGGGUGAGGUUCGAGGUGUGGGUGCGUCAGGCCCCUCGUAUCAGGGACUGCCUGACCCUGCAAUGUCAGAGUGGAGAGGAGAGGGCAGCCUGGACACACGACAUCGCUCAGCUCCUCUGGACUCACGCUAUACACAACACAGGUACAGUAUGACCCCUGACAUUUUACCCUGACCCACAGAAUUAGAAUAAGAUUCUAGUUCUAUGCUCUGAACCCUCACCUCUCACCCCAGCCAUAUACAACACAAGUGCCAUUCGAUUGUAGCGGCCUUAACCCAUCACCUAGCGACCUUGUCAAGAGGUUCAGAUAAGGUGUAGGGUUGACCUGGGUUUGAGUCCUGGUCGGGGCCACCCCUCAAAUUUGCUAGUAUAAGAUAUUGCAUAUUGCUCUCUCUCUCACUCUCUCUCUCUCUCUCUCUCUCUCUCUCUCUCUCUCUCUCACGCGCGCGAUCGCUCUCUCUCUUUCUCAGAGUUGUGUCUGAAGGAGACAAUGUGUAUUGGUGUGUCCAGUAAGAUACUACUAGAUGUCACAGGAGCACCGGUAACAUCUGAACUCGACUCUAUCUACAAUCUCAACGACAGAGGUACACACACACACAUACACACACACACACACACACACACACUGUCAGAAACCACCCAUUUAUUAUUAACACCCUGUAUGUAAUACAUAUACUGUCCACCAGAUGUCUCCCUGUGAAUAAUGGUAUUUCACAGUGAAGAAUCAUGCUCUGUCUUUCUGCGGUGUUGCAAUAUUAAUUUCAUUACAAAUGCUUUAUUGGUAGGCCACUGACCCCCACUCUCUUUUUCUCUCACUCCCUUCCCCCUCUUUCUCUCAUCUCUAUCCCUUCUCUCUCGCUCCCUCUCGCUCACUUUCUCUCUCAUCUCUAUCCCUUCUCUCUCGCUCCCUCUCGCUCACUUUCUCUCUCAUCUCUAUUCCUUCUCUCUCUCUCCCCCUUUCUCUCUCUCUCUCUCUCUCUCUCUCUCUCUCUCUCUCUCUCUCUCUUUCUCUGUCUGUAGUCCACAGUAGCUGUUCAGACUCUUCCUCUGUUGGCAGUCAGAAGGAGGGGGGAUCCCCAGCCUCUGGGAGGGGACACACACAGGUGAGUUUCACACACGCACACAUGCACACACAUACACACACACACACACGCACACAUUCGUGCAUACACAUACACACACUCACACACAUGCAGAAAUAGACAAUCAAACACACACACAUUCACACUGUGCUUUAAGUGUGAGAUGUUUGUCUCUACAGAAUCAGUCUCCUUCCACUGCGGUGUAAUCUUCAUCUCAACAACAAACGUGAGUGAUCUUAUUUUACACACUUUUACUGUAAUCUCUCUCCAUUUCCUCCAUCGCUUCUUCUCUCCAUUUCCUUGUCUGCCCUGUCAACCCACAAUCUCUUUCUCCUGUUAAACUUCUAAAUCAGUGACUUUCUACAUGCUGUGACCCAUUUUUCUCCUGAAUGACUGACACACCUGUGUUACAAAUCACAGGUUAACCCUUUAUAGUUCAUAUCUAACACCUCAACCUUCCUCUACCUUUCUCUGUUCACUCUCCUCCCUUCCCUCCCUCCCUUUCUGUCCAGAAACUGGAUUCUGGACUCUGGACCUAAUAAAGACCAAAACAACAUCUCUAUGCAAGCCACUGGACGGGACAAACUGGACAAGAAGUAAAGGACCAAAUUGA